UGCCGUGAUGUCAUUCCGACAGAGGAAACGCGUAGUCAGUCACGUGAUGGGAUUCUGUCACUCGGAAAAGCAAUCGCGAAUGGGUGACCCUGGACGAGAAUGAGCAAAUAUUGGGAAAAGAGCCAAAAGAGCGUGAGAGUGGACGUCAUUUGAAAUGCCACUUACGAGAAUUGUGAGUCGUCUGACGGUUCCUUGCGUCUUCCAACCCACGCGAGCUCUCCGGCUCUGACAUCAAUUGAUCUCCAAUCACCGCGUCCGCUGGCCCAAGCUUCUCGACGCGUCUGUUGCCUGGGAGCUCACCUCCACGCGUAUUCCAAUUCCCCUAUCCAACCCUCACCAAUUGAGCAACACCCACUCACCAUGUCGCUCAAACGCAAAGCCGCCGCCCUCGCCGCCGAUGCCUCCAAGAAACCCAAACCCAACGCAACCAUCACCUCCUUCUUCGCCGCCAUCCCCGGCUCCACCUCAACCUCCACUACCAACGGCACCACUACCCUCACCACAGCGGCCGCCAACUUCGACAAGGACGCCUGGGUCGCGAAGCUCAGCGACGAGCAUAAGGAACUGCUGAAGCUCGAGAUCGACACGCUGCACGAGAGCUGGCUCCCGCAUCUCAAGGACGUGCUGGUCUCGCCCCGGUUCCUCGACCUGAAGCGCUUCCUGAAGAAGGAGCUCGAGAGCGGGAAGACUGUGUAUCCACCCAUGGACCAUGUCUAUAGCUGGUCGCGGCACACACCGCUCAACACAGUCAAAGCCGUCAUACUGGGCCAAGACCCUUACCACGGCCCUAACCAAGCUCACGGCCUCGCCUUCUCCGUCCUCCCGCCCACUCCGGCACCACCCUCCCUCCGAAACAUCUACAUCGCCCUCAAGAAGGACUACCCUUCCUUCUCGCCGCCGCCCAACAAGGGAGGCCUCCUCACUCCAUGGGCAGACCGCGGUGUCCUCCUGCUGAAUACCUGUCUCACAGUCCGCAGAGGCGAGGCCAACAGCCACGCGGGGAAAGGCUGGGAGCUGCUGACGCAGAAAGUGAUUGAGACGGUCGCCAAGGUCAGGACGCGGGGUGUAGUGUUUCUGGCCUGGGGAAAGCCGGCCGAGCAGAGGGUCAAGGGCGUUGACCCGGAGAGACACAGUAUCCUGAAGAGUGUGCAUCCGAGCCCGUUGAGUGCGAGUCGAGGAUGGUUUGACUGUGGACAUUUCAAGAAGACGAACGAGUGGCUCGUCAAGCGCUAUGGCGAGGGAUCCGAGAUUGACUGGAACUUGGAUGUCGAUCCGGAAGAGGCGGGCACCUAGAUAUUGGGGUUAUUGCGCCUUCAGGUUUCUGCAUCGCUA